AUGUUCUAUCAACCCGGAGUGACGGAGCACAAUCUUCCCCACGACCCGUUCAAGGCGUGCGUGGUGCCUCGUCCGAUCGGAUGGAUCUCCACCCAGAACAAAGAAGGCCAAGCCAACCUGGCGCCUUACUCCCAAUUCAACAAUCUGACAUUCGACCCGCCGUACGUGAUGUUCUCUUCCAACCAAACUGUGAACGGCACGCGAAAGGACACGGUGGUCAACGCGGAGCAGACUGGACGCUUCGUCUGGAAUCUGGCAACGUGGGACCUUCGCGAGGCCGUCAACAUCUCGGCGGAGCAAGUUCCCUAUGGGGUAGACGAGUUUGAGCGUGCCAAGGUGACUAAAGAGCCGGCAACGCUGAUGGAUGUCCCCAUGGUGCGGGAGUCGCCGGUGAAAUUCGAGUGCGAAUAUCAUUCCACCGUGCGGCUACCGGGAAAUCCUCCGAUGGGCACCGUGGAUGUGGUGAUCGGCCGGGUAAUCGCUGUGCAUAUCAAGGACGAGGUGUUGACGGAUGGAAUCCUGGAUAUCAAGAAGACGAAGCCGAUCGCGCGCUGUGGGUACUAUCAGUACACGGUGGUGACGGAGACGUUCGACAUGGUGAUCCCCGGCAUGUCUGAGGAUGUCCUAUACGGGUUAGAGGGGAGUACGAAGAGCAAUCGCGAGGCCGAAUCGCGGAAUACAUGA